AAAAAAAAAAAAAAAAAGGCUCUCCUAGGAGGAAAAAUAAUAACAAAAGUGGGGUUUUCCAUGUUCAUGCACUUUCACGUGGGUCCCACAUGUUUUCUAGAUAAGAUAAAACGAAGCCUUUAUAUGUGGCAUGUUGACAAAGACUUGAAUUGAUUUGAAACUCAAUCCCUUUAGUAACAUUUGGUAUUUUUCUUCCUUUUUUGUGUGUGUAUAAUGUUCUUCUUCGAUUUUCUCCUUAACGAUUUUUUUGAAUGCCAAUCAUACUUUGUGUCCUUUUAUAUUUUUGGAUGCAUUAAUUAAAUACGAUCCAAAAUCUACAUAAUAUUUUCUAUAAUCAUAUCAAAUCUUUCAACAUAUAAAACAUGUCGAACGGGAUAGUGGGAGAGCACAAUUAAUUAUUUGUUGUUUGUUCAUAAAUUUUCUUAAUUAGGAUUUCUGAAUAUGAACGAAUUCUAGCUCUGACUACUUUUCUUAUUUUCUUUAACAGAUAAUGGUGAAGCAAAGUAUCUGGUGGCUUUACCGCAUGGGCCUUAAGAAAUUGCUUUCCAAGUCACAAAUUGUUCAGCCCAUUUCGGGAAAAAUUCAAGAAGUUGAGCCCAGUGGGCCAGAUACUGAAGAUGAAAAGUACAUAUCUUGGCUGAAGGAACACCCUUGUGCACUAGCUUCAUUUCAUCAGAUGAUGAAACCUGCAAAAGGGAAGCAAAUUGUCGUGUUUUUAGAUUAUGACGGGACUCUUUCACCAAUUGUGAAUGAUCCAAACCGUGCCUUCAUGACUGAUCCGAUGCGCUCGGCUCUGAAUGAUGUAGCAAGGCGUUUUCCAACAGCUAUUAUAAGUGGUAGAAGUCGAGACAAGGUGUAUGCAUUUGUGAAGUUGGAUGAUGUUUAUUAUGCUGGGAGCCACGGGAUGGACAUAAUGGGGCCUCCGUUGCAAGUUAAGUAUCACCACGACAAGUAUCAGAUUAACGCUCAAGAUGAAAAGGGUAAAGAAUUCACUAUCUUCCAACCUGCUCAGGAGUAUUUGCCCUCAAUUGAAAAGAUGUUAAAGGAAUUGAAAACCCGAACCUGCAAUAUAACGGGCGCUUUUGUAGAGGACAAUAGGUUCUGUAUUUCUGUGCAUUACAGGCAUGUCUUGGAAGAGGAUUACGAAGCCCUGGAACAGAUAGUUUGGUCAGUACUUUCCGACUAUCCUUGUUUCCAUAUGACUCGAGGCAAGAAGGUUAUGGAGAUUAGGCCAUCGAUCAAAUGGAAUAAGGGGGACGCUCUCGAGUACUUGCUUGACACACUGGGAUUUUCCAACUCCAGUAACGUUCUUCCAUUUUACCUCGGUGAUGACAAAACUGACGAAGACGCUUUCAAGGUACUAAAGAGAAGAGGGCUAGGUUAUCCCAUAGUUGUAUCUUCAGUCCCAAGGGAAACCUCGGCUUCAUAUUCUCUACACGAUUCAUCGGAUGUCUUGUCUUUUUUAAUACAUUUGGCAAGGUGGGGAGAGACAUCGGCCUAGUGGAUCAUCUUAUCAAGACGUAUUGCUCUAUAUGACUUGCACUUGCUUUUUAGGUAUAGUUGUUCGUAAUGAAGGUUUUUAGAGAUAGGUCAAGAAUUAGAUGGAGAUUCACAGGCGCAUUUUUUUAAGCCGCCGUGUAUUCUCCCAUUCAAACGACUACUAUUAUUAUCAACAACUUGCAGUUGUAUAUAGUUCAUGAAUUCAGUGGUUAUGCAAUAAUUUUAUCUUUUUCUUUCCAA